AUGGCGUCGCUUUUGCCUUUACUUGGGUGGGCUGUUCUUCCCAAGUAUGCCACAUCCUUUCUUCUAAGUGUCUACUAUGGUAUAACCAUACGUGCUGGUGAACCCAAGCCACUCCCUCAGACGCCUCGGUAUGAGCGCCAUCGCCGUCGCAUCUUCAUCUUUGUGAUCACCAGCUACCUUCUCUAUACGCUCUAUGAGACUUUCCACCAAGUACAGCUUGCAGGAGACUACUACCAAGCCCUGGGUGUGUCACCGUUUGCCGAUCUGCGCACGAUCAAGGCGCGCUUCCGCCGACUUGCUAUUCAGUAUCACCCUGAUAAAGUCGGACACGACAACGGCGAUGCUUACUUUGUGCACCUUCGACAGGCCCAGGAGACCCUGGUGGAUCCAGUGAAGCGGUUUGCAUAUGAUCGCUUCGGCACAGAUAUGCUCGGAUGGGGCGAGCAGGAGACCAUGUACGAUUUCCUGACAACUUCUUUGAUCAAAUCGAUCCUGCCGCAGUAUAUCAGCGGCUUUGUCACGACGAUCGUGCUAAACCGGCUAUGGUGGACGAAAUGGGGUCGCUUCUGGCGCCUCUUUACGUUCGGUGCGAUGCUGACGCUCGAGCUGGGUGUGAUUACGCAUCCCCAGGCUGUAUUCAUGCCUAUUGCUUACCUUCCAGCUGCGCUACAAGCAUGGCUCCCUAAACAUUCAUAUUACCUACUUCCCUUCCAAAUCCUGACACUCGCACGCCGUGCUUCCAUCAUCCUGCACAUUUUCAUCUUGCAAUCAGCACCACCUUCUUCCAACGAGAAGGGGAGCGGCGAUAAGAUCUCGCCGCAGACUAUGCAGCGAGUUGGCCAGUUAGUUCAGUUGACGCGCACGACAGAUCUCGAGGCGACGCGAAUGCUGCAACUGGGCCUGGCGCCUUUCCGCGGUGACCGUGAGAGUGCAUCGUCACUCCGACGUGGCAUGAGAGAAGGGCUGAUCCUCGGCGGAGUGCGGUCUAGUCCUGAGGUGCAACGAGCUGUGGCACAGGUGGUUGAACGACGCAAGGCUGGGAGUGACAGUAUGUAA